GGAUGACUCUGAUCAGAUUUGGCGGGAAAAUUGGGAAUCUUAAAACCUUCCACCGCCCAUUGUCUCGCCGGCGGCAGCGACGGCGGCUUCUUUCUCUCUCCUUCGCCAUCUCCUCCCGAAGCUUCUCUCUGCUGCUUCGUAGUUCGUAGUUCCUCCCUUGCCAGUCGACGUGCCGGUUGCUGCUGGUGUUCCCUGCCCUCCUGUCGAAAUCGAUCUGCCCCUGCUCGACCGAGCUGAGCUGCUGCUGCUGCUCCCUCCCCUCCCAGGCGCCAUGGUAAUUCCUUUAGGAGCGUAAAGGUGGUCAAUUCCCCUUCGAUUUUGCCCCCAAAUUUGAGCUUGAAGAGCAUUGAUCGUUGGUAAAAUGCUCUAGUUUUGGUUCUCACAGAUUUAAAAGGGCAAAUGUUAAGCAUUUGGUUUUAAAUUGCCUUUUCUUCCUAAGCCUUUAUGUCACCGACGGAUUUCGGGAUUAAUCCGACGGCUAACGAGAGACAAAGACAUUUCAUCUUCUUCUCUUCCCCCAAUUUAGUUUCUCUUUGGGUCGAUCGAAUUUUCAACAGUCAGUCGUUGGCCGUCUCUGAGCUCAGCUUGAAGGGAAAAUCAGGACUUGGGGAUAAGACCACUGCUUUGAAGUUGGAAAUUUUUGUUCCCCCUUUUGUGAUCAAAGAUAUGUAUGGGAGAAAAGCAUGUCAGCUGGUGAAAGAAUUUGCUACCAGCGAAAAAGAGCAGCUCAAGACCUUCAAUGACGAUUUGUUCGAUCAAGUAAUCAAAGAAUGUGGCUCACACAACCUUGGGUUUCAGUCCUUGGUCAGGAAAAUGCAGGAUGAAGGUCUUGAUACCCAGACAGCUAGGAACGGCGAUUUCUAUGGUGCACUCAUUCAUCAUCUCUCUUUAGUUCGCAACAAACGCUGCUUAAUGGCAUACAUGUACAACAGGGCUGAAGUUAUUCGAGGUUUGAGAUGGAAGUUGGGCCGCGUGCUUCCAGAGGAAAUCGUCAAAAAACUGAGCAACUCAGAGAAGGACUACCUCAAGGGUUAUUCUGGUGCUCUGGAAACAUAUAUGAAUGACAUGAAUCUUGAAUUGACUGUGGACAUGGUGCCGCCUAAAGAUCCCUACAUUAAGGUUAGGGUACUCGAAGAUAUUGGUGAAGUGUUGCUCACUGACAAGUCAGCGAAUCUCGCUCGCCACUCGAUGCACUUCCUCAAACGAACAGACGCAGAACCUUAUAUUUCGCAGGGUUUAAUGGAGGAACUUUUGAGCUGACGUAGCUAAGGCACAUCCAGGUUCACUAAAUCUUCCUUGUAGGAAGAUGCUGUUGCCUCAAUAUAGAUCUAGAGGGCAUUUAAUCAGUUUAUACGCAGUCCUCAGUCAGUGACGUUGAUGACAGCUUUGGAAGACAUGGUAUAGUUCAUUUACUUCGUGUAAAUGUAAUUAGUAACAAUCUGUAUGGAGGGCGGCUAAUAACAGAAGAUCUGAACUUCCUAUCCCAAGUUCAUGUAUUCAAAUGUUCCUUAAGAAUAGUAAGUGGUCCUCUUCAAUAACAUUGUAUCAUUCUGCAGUCAUAUUCUUGAAUCGAGUUUGUGCCUC